AAAAACCGUACAUGUCCCAAAAAAAAAAAAAGAAACGUAAAGGCUAUAGCUUAGAUAGAGCUCAUCAGUGAUCCCCGGUCCACAUACCCAGCCGGAGUGUGCGAGCGCCGUCGCGUCAGCCGUUCUCUCCGAUCCUCCGACCAUUUUCGCGAGCUGAUUUCAGGCCAAGCUCGUCCUUGCUAAGCUUAUGGUGACAAAGUUAGGUUACCGUUCCCCUUUUUCAUCCUGCCUUCUUUGUCACUUAAAGGACUACAAUGGAUCUGCCUUUGGAUGGGGAGGGACUGGCUAUAUUGCAGUUGCAGAAAUGGGGUCCUUCCCAUCCGAAACUCAACCUGUCAGAGUUUCGUGAAGCUUUUAUUUCUCCUACAAGACAGCUGUUAUUGUUGCUCUCAUGUCAAUAUGAAGCUUUGUUGCUUCCUCUGCUUACAGAAGAUUGUACAGGAACUCCUGAAGUGGAGAAUUGUUCCACUGGAAGUGUUCAUCAUCCAUAUUCAGCUUCGGAUUCAAGACAGGAUGAUAUGCCAUGCACUUCUGGAUCAGAAUUAUAUAUCGAUAAUGAUUUCUCUUUUGAAAAUGAAACAAGGUCUAAAAGGUACCCCUUUGUAGGUGAUGUAAAUUCUGUUGCCUGGGGUGUUUGUGGGGAUACUUAUAAUCAUCAUAAGAAUUCUUUGUUUAGAGAGUUUUUAUUUGUAUCUGGCAACCAUGGUGUGACAGUUCAUGCUUUUUGUAAACCCAAUAGAAAUGCUGCAAUAUCAGGAAGUGCAUUAGAGAGUGAGUUUGAGCAAGGUGGGUGGGUGCAAUGGGGUCCUUCUGUGACAUUAAUUAAAAAUAAGGAGGAUGAGGAACCUUCUAGCUCACGCCAUGAAACCAAUAGGAAUGUGGAGGACGUAAACGUGGCCCAUGGAAAUAGUGAAAUGCGGAAUCAUGAGUUGUCAAGAGGUAUUGAUUCUAAGGUAUGGUUCCAGUCUUUCUUCACUAAGGUUGAAGAAAUUGAAUCUGAUGGUAAAAGAUGGACCAUAUUCCCUGAGAAGUCAUCAUUUCCUUGCUCAGCGAAGGUUGUUUCAUUUCCAAUUUUGCAUAAUAAUUUGCCUUUUAUGGAUUUCCUACCUGAAAGCAACUCUUUCGUAAAUAAGGAGUGUUUGAAGAAAAUGGUUCAUGACUCAGAGGGUGAUACAUGUGCAAAUUUAACUUUACCUGGUCCAAAUUUUGAGUUAGAUAUUUUGUCUACUAGUUUUGGUGUUGGGAUGAACAGUUUGUACAAAUGCUCCAGAGUGUUCUCCAGCAAUUCACAUAACUGUGUUGGAUUUGCUUUGACACUAAAGGAUCCUUUAUUUGUCCAUAAGAGUGAUGAAGAAAGAAGCGUGUGCAAAAAUGUAGUUCUCAUUUCUAGGUUAGACAGUGUGGGGAUCCACUGGGUUUCCUUGGUUAAACUUGGGGAAAAUCAAAAUAUAGGCCCACUGGUUGAGUGGGCCGAUUUUCAUUUUUGUGGUGAUCUUCUUGUUUCUCUCAAUUCUUCUGGCUUUAUUGUUUUUCACUCUGCAAUGUCAGGUGAUUAUGUUGCACAUCUAGAUAUUUUACAGAAUUGUGGUCUUAAACCUCAGUUGAAUUUGUGGAAGCAAGACAAGGAUGAAAGGACAAAAGUUCAAAAGUUUCUUGGUGGGUCAGAAUAUCAAUAUGAUAAAUCCUUCGGUAGUAGAGUAUUUAACAGGUUGAUUGUUGCUUCACAUACCUCCCUGUUAGCUGCAGUUGAUGAAUGUGGUGUAGUUUAUGUAAUAUCCGCUGGUCACUGUCUUGUGAACGAAGGGCAUAAAUAUGAGAAAUUGCUUCCUGAUUUUCAGGAUCUAGGACUUGGUAUGCUGGCUGGUUGGGUGGUUGGUGGUUCUGAUAUAGGUUGCCAAAGGGUCUAUUGUAAGUUUUCUGGUAGUCAAAACUAUAUGUUUUCGUUCAUGAGGCAAGGAUAUCUUUCCUUCUUGGAUGAUGAUGGAAAUAAUGCACUGCAAAAAAUCCAAGACUGGAACCUUCAAGGAAAAGGGAGGCAAAACGCACCUUGGUUAAGUGGUUUCUCUGCUGCUUCAGAGAUAACCAAUCAAACAUGUCAUGAGUGUGAGCUGAAGUCACACCUUAUGCGAAGAAUCUUUCUUCCUAAUUACAGAGUUAAUGCGGAUGAUUCUAUUUGUUUUUCUCCUUUUGGAAUAACUCGGCUCAUUAGGAAGCACAAUACGAAGGAUCAGAAGGGUACUCAAAUUGGUCAUUUCAAUCUUCAUGCGGAGUCAGCAAUUCGCGAUGAGAGCUGUCUAUCUACCGAGUGUGAAAUGUUUCUUCUUGAGGGAAGAAAUGAAGCUUUUGUUGGAGAUGCAGUGGGUUGCACUUUCCAGGGUUGUUUUUACUUGGUGACAGACAGUGGGCUUUCACUGGUUCUUCCUUCUGUUUCAGUUUCAUCAAGUUUCCUACCUAUUGAAUCCAUAGGGUAUAGGCAGUGGGGUAUCAAUUCAGGCAUUGGAUAUCAAGUAAAAGACAAUUUGGAAAUGAGAGAAUCCAAACGGCCUUGCUCACCCUGGAUUCUUGAAGUACUGGACAGGGUUCUUUUGUAUGAAGGAGUUGAAGAGGCAGAACGCUUAUGUUUUGAAAAUGGGUGGGAUCUGAAAAUAUGUCGGAUGCGUCGAUUGCAACUAGCAUUGGACUACUUGAAAUAUGAUGAUAUAGAGCAAUGUUUAGAAAUGCUUGUUGGUGUCAAUUUGGCAGAAGAAGGUAUCUUGAGACUGCUUUUUGCUGCAGUUUAUCUGAUGCUUAAUGUUGGCAAUGAUAAUGAUGUUUCUGCUGCAUCACGGCUUCUUGCCUUGGCUACUUGCUUUGCGACCAAAAUGAUCCGUAAGUAUGGAUUGCUACAGCAUGACAACGAUGUUUAUGUAUCACCGAGUUUUGGGGGUACAGAAGUACAUCCUUUUCCACCAGUCUUGCCUGAUAAGUUACCAAAGGAAGUGGGAGUUUCCAGAAGGCUUAGUGAGAUGGCUCAUUUUUUGGAAAUAAUUCGAAAUCUGCAAUCUCGUCUUAGUAUGAAAUCUAAGAGACCAGCCCAAGGACUGGUUGAUGAAGGGGACGAAUCAAGACUUGUGGCUUCAGAUUUUUCACAGGAUGAGUCCAAACUUUCAAUUGACCCCCUAUCUUUGGAGAUGAUAAACCAAAAUGAUAGUUCUCUUCCUGUAUCUGCUGAGGGCUCCAACUAUGCUGAAAAUGUUGCUUUGACACCUAUAGAUCCCAAAGCCCAAUUUGAGGCAGAGAAUUUACAUGAAGUGUCUCUUGAGCCUGGAGAAGGACUCUUAGAAAAGAAAAUUCUUUCUUUGGAAAAUCCCAAGGAGAUGAUUGCGCGUUGGAAGAUAGAUAAUUUGGACCUCAAAACUGUGGUCAAUGAUGCUUUACUCUCUGGUCGUCUCCCCUUAGCAGUUCUUCAGCUUCAUCUUCAUCAUUCAAGAGAUUUGAUUGCUGAAGGAGAACCUCAUGAUAUUUUUAAUGAAGUCCGUGACAUUGGAAGAGCUAUUGCAUAUGACCUGUUUUUGAAGGGCGAAACUGGACUUGCUGUCGCAACAUUGCAAAGGCUUGGAGAAGAUGUUGAAACCAGCCUCAAGCAGUUACUGUUUGGAACAGUAAGGAGAUCUCUUCGUGCACAAAUCUUUGAGGAGAUGAAAAGAUAUGGUUACCUGGGCCCACAUGAGUGGAAGAUAAUGGAUAAAAUGUCACUUAUUGAGAGCCUCUACACUAGCAGCAGUUUCUGGAGAACAUUUAUUGGACGGCAGAAAGAAUACGCAAGGGUUCCAGCAAGUUCACAAUCAGCAAGGAGAAAUUAUUUGUGCCUGUUGCUUUCAAAUGUGUUCAACAAUUUUAUCAUUGAGUGUGGUGAAAUUGAUGGAGUUGUUUUAGGUUCGUGGACUAAUAUCAAUGAAAACCCACCUGUUCCCGUUGUUGAUGACGAUAAUGUUCUUGCUGGAUACUGGGCUGCAGCUGCUGUCUGGUGUAAUGUCUGGGACCAAAGAACCAUUGAUCGUAUAGUUUUGGAGCAGUCUUCAGUCAUGGAUGUCAACGUACUAUGGGAAUCAAAACUUGAUUACUACAUGGGCCAUGGUGACUGGGAAGAGGUAUCUAAACUGUUGGACCUAAUUCCUGAAAGUAGCGUAGUAGAUCGAAGCCUCCAAAUCAGCUUGGACAGUCUGCAGCCUGCUUCAACUGUAGGGUGUCUGGAAUCUUCUAGGUGUGGCAAUUAUAUAUGCUCUCUUGAAGAAUUGGAUGCUGUAUGCAUGGAUGUUCCAAAUAUAAAAAUUUUAAGGUUGCCACCUAAUACUCUGAGCUCUACUUGGUUAAAGAUGCACAUGGAGGAGAAGCUUGGGAGGAAACUUAUUUUUUUAAAGGAAUAUUGGGAAGGCACAGAAGAGAUUGUACCCCUUCUUGCUCGUUCAGGGUUUAUUAUAAGCAGGUAUAAAAUUCUUAUAGACGAUGAGUUUGUUGGGAGUUUGCCAGAUCUAAAGUUCUCAGAUGGUGGAGCAUUUGGUAUUGACACGGUGCAAGCUCUUCAUAGAGUACUUGUACAUCACUGUGUGGAGUGCAACUUGCCAUACCUUUUGGACCUUUAUCUUGACCAACACAAAUUGGUUUUAGAUAAUGGUUCACUUUCUUCACUACAGGAUGCUGCAGGAGAUUGUGAAUGGGCAAAAUGGUUGCUCUUAUCUCGGGUUAAGGGGCGUGAGUAUGACGCGUCAUUUUCUAAUGCUCGUUCAGCAACAUCUCGUGGUUUAGUUCCUGCUACCAAUCUUGGUGUUCUUGUGAUGGAUGAAAUAAUUCGUACUGUAGAUGACAUUGCAGAAGGAGGGGGAGAAUUGGCUGCUUUGGCAACGCUAAUGUAUGCCCCUGCCCCUAUUCAAAAUUGCUUGAGUAGUGGUGGGGUAAAGAGGCACAUUAAUUCCUCAGCGCAGUGCACACUGGAGAACCUCAAGCCCACAUUACAAAGCUUUCCUACGUUGUGGCGCACAUUUGUGUCUGCAUGUUUUGGACAAGAUACAACUUUUAGUUUCUUGGAUCAUAGAGCAAAGAACGUUUUAUCAGACUAUUUAAAUUGGCGUGACAACAUAUUCUUCUCUUCUGGACACGAUACUUCACUUCUUCAAAUGCUCCCUUGCUGGUUUCCCAAGGCUUUGCGAAGAUUGGUUCAGCUUUAUGUCCAGGGUCCUCUUGGAUGGCAAUCAAUAUCAGGUAUGCCACCUGGAGAAACUUUGCGGCAUAGGGAGAUUGACUUUUUCAUAAAUGUUGACGAGCAUGCUGAGAUUAAUGCAAUCUCAUGGGAAGCAACCAUCCAAAAGCACAUUGAAGAGGAACUCUAUGAUCCUACACUUGAGGAAACUGGACUUGGGCUGGAGCACCACUUGCACCGAGGACGAGCGUUGUCUGCUUUUAACCGUCUCCUAAGCAUUCGAGUUCAAAAAUUAAAAUUAGAAGGACAAUCAGUUGAAUCGACAAACGGACAAACAAAUAUCCAAUCAGAUUUGCUAAGACUUCUUGCACCUCUAACAGAAACUGAAGGGUCUCUCCUUUCAUCUGUUAUGCCGCUUGCUAUUAUGCAUUUUGAGGAUCCCGUCUUGGUGGCUUCAUGUGCUUUUGUCCUGGAGCUUUGCGGUUUAUCUGCCAGCAUGCUUCGCGUGGAUGUUGCUGCCUUGAGACGGAUAUCUUCAUACUAUAAGUCCACUGAAAAUAAUGACGACCAAAGGCAAUUUUCACCCAAGGGCUCUGCAUUUCAUGCAGUUUCCCAUGAACGUGAUAUAGUCGAGUCUCUUGCUCGAGCACUAGCAGAUCAUUAUCUGCAUCAGGAUAGUGCAAGUAGUACUAAGAAAAAGAAAACUCCGAGUUUAGUUACCGGUCAGCAAUCUUCACGAGCCCUCAUUCAUGUCCUACAUCAUUUAGAAAAGGCGAGCCUCCCUCUGACGGUGGAUGGAAACACAUGUGGAUCUUGGCUUUUGAGUGGAAAUGGUGAUGGAAUUGAUUUGAGAUCCCAACAAAAAGCUGCUAGCCAGCACUGGAAUUUAGUUACAGUUUUCUGUCAGAUGCAUCAUCUUCCCUUGAGCACAAAAUACCUUGAUGUACUAGCAAGAGACAAUGAUUGGGUUGGGUUCUUGUCUGAAGCUCAGUUAGGAGGAUAUUCUUUCGAUGCAGUAAUUCAAGUGGCAUCGAAGGAGUUUAGUGAUCCACGUCUCAAAACUCAUAUAUUAACAGUUUUGAAGAGCAUGCAGUCAAGAAAAAAAGCUAGCACCUCUUCUUAUCCAGAUAACUCAGAGAAAAGGACCGAAAUUUCCUUUUCAGAUGAACAAACUUGUUAUCCAGUUGAACUCUUUAGAAUUUUAGCAGAAUGUGAGAAGCAAAAAAAUCCUGGAGAGGCCCUCUUGAAGAAAGCAAAGGACUUAUCCUGGUCAAUUUUGGCAAUGAUUGCAUCAUGCUUUUCUGAUGUGUCUCCCCUGUCUUGCUUGACAGUGUGGCUGGAAAUUACUGCAGCAAGGGAGACAUCAUCCAUUAAGGUAAAUGAUAUCGCAUCCCAGGUUGCAGAUAAUGUUGGAGCAGCAGUUGAAGCUACUAAUUCUCUGCCAGCAGGGAGCAGAUUCCUUACAUUUCACUACAACCGGCGGAAUCCAAAACGUAGACGUAUUUUGGAGUCCAUACCAGGAGAUCUGUCAGAUGUUGAAGUUACCAGCAUUUCAACUAGUCCCGUGGGUGAGAAAGUAUUUGUUGCACAAGGUUUUAUGGUUGAAGAGGAAAGAAAAAUAGAACUUUCUGACUCUGAUGAAGGGCAUGUUUCUCUCUCCAAGAUGGUUGCAGUACUUUGCGAACAACACUUAUUCCUGCCUUUACUAAGGGCAUUUGAAAUGUUCCUUCCUUCAUGUUCUCUCCUGCCUUUCAUACGUGCCCUUCAGGCAUUCUCACAAAUGCGCCUAUCUGAAGCGGCAGCACAUUUGGGUUCCUUUUCUGCCCGAAUUAAAGAAGAACCGUCACAGUUACAGGCAAAUAUAGGAAGGGAAGGUCAGAUUGGGAUAUCAUGGAUAAGCUCUAUGGCUGUUAAAGCUGCUGAUGCUACACUUUUAGCUUGUCCAUCCCCUUAUGAAAAAAGAUGCUUGCUACAACUUCUUGCGGCAACUGACUUUGGUGAUGGAGGAUCGACAGCCACAGACUAUCGGCGUCUUUCUUGGAAAAUUAAUUUAGCUGAGCCUUCAUUACGCAAAGAUGAUCUUUUACAACUUGGAAAUGAGACUUUAGAUGAUGCUUCACUUUUAGAAGCAUUGGAAAAGAAUGGUCAUUGGGAGCAAGCACGUAAUUGGGCCAAACAGUUGGAGACCAGUGGCGGACCUUGGAAAUCAGCUUUUCAUCAUGUUACUGAGACUCAGGCCGAAUCUAUGGUAGCAGAAUGGAAAGAGUUCCUUUGGGACGUUCCAGAAGAGAGAGUUGCUCUAUGGAGCCACUGCCAAACACUCUUUAUCAGAUAUUCUUUCCCUGCUUUACAGGCAGGGUUAUUUUUCCUUAAACAUGCAGAAGCUGCAGAAAAAGAUCUUCCAGCUAGAGAGCUUCAUGAGUUGUUAUUACUCUCUCUACAAUGGUUAAGUGGGAUGAUAACCCUGAUGAACCCAGUUUAUCCAUUGAAUCUUCUGCGGGAAAUUGAGACCAGAGUUUGGCUCUUGGCAGUAGAAUCAGAAGCACAGGUGAAGAGUGAUGGAGAAUUCAAUAUAGGUUCCAUGCGUGACCCAAUAAAUAAAAAUAGCUCUAGUAUCAUUGACCACACUGCAAGUAUAAUAGCAAAAAUGGACAAUCAUAUAAAUAGCCGGAGUAGAAAUACUGAGAAGCAGGAUGCAAGGGAAAAUAACCAGGUGCAUUACAAGAACCAAUCCGAUGUUAGCUUUUCAACUAUAGUAGGUGGACCUACAAAGACUAAGCGGAGGGCAAAGGGCUAUGGGGUAGUAAGACGGACACUAUUGGACCCGGUAGACAGAAGUGUAGAAUCUGAUGAGGUUCCAAGUUCUCUUUACUAUAAAAAUGACAUGUCAGUGCAGGAUGAGAAUGUGAGAACGGGAAUGUCUUUUUCUAGAUGGGAGGAAAGAGUUGGACCUGCAGAAUUGGAGAGGGCUGUUCUUUCUUUGUUGGAAUUUAGCCAAAUAUCAGCUGCCAAGCAACUCCAGUAUAAGCUAUCUCCAGCACAAGUACCUUCAGAAUUCGUACUCGUGGAUGCUGCUCUGAAGCUUGCUGCUCUUUCAACUCCAAAUGAGCUAGUAUAUGCAUCAAUGCUGGAUGAGGAAGUACAGUCGGUUAUGCAAUCGCACAACAUACUGACUGACCAGUAUCAAAUUCAACCGCUGCAGGUUUUGGAGAGCUUAGCAACCAUUUUCACUGAAGGUAGAGGGCGUGGACUCUGUAAGAGAAUAAUAGCAGUUGUAAAAGCUGCAAAUGUCUUGGGUCUUUCGUUUCCAGAAGCAUUUGACAAGCAACCAAUAGAGUUACUACAGCUGCUUUCGCUAAAAGCACAAGAAUCAUUUGAGGAAGCAAAUCUCCUUGUGCAAACUCAUUCUAUGCCAGCAGCUAAUAUUGCUCAAAUUCUCGCUGAGUCCUUUCUGAAGGGCUUAUUGGCUGCGCAUCGUGGGGGAUAUAUGGAUUCUCAAAAGGAGGAAGGACCUGCUCCCUUGUUAUGGAGGUUUUCAGAUUUCUUGAAGUGGGCAGAGCUUUGUCCAUCUGAACCAGAAAUUGGCCACGCAUUGAUGCGUAUGGUGAUUACUGGACAAGAAAUACCGCAUGCUUGUGAGGUCGAGCUUCUUAUUCUAUCCCACCAUUUCUACAAAUCAUCCGCUUGCCUUGAUGGAGUUGAUGUUCUUGUAGCCCUUGCCGCAACAAGGGUGGAUGCUUAUGUCUCUGAGGGGGAUUUCGCUUGUUUGGCUCGCCUCAUAACAGGAGUGGGAAACUUCCAUGCCCUAAAUUUCAUUCUUGGCAUUCUCAUAGAAAAUGGCCAACUGGAUCUUCUUCUUCAGAAGUAUUCAGCUGCUGCAGAUACAAACACAGGCACAGCUGAGGCUGUCAGGGGGUUUAGGAUGGCUGUUCUUACAUCGCUGAAGCAUUUUAAUCCCAAUGAUCUUGAUGCAUUUGCAAUGGUGUACAACCAUUUUGACAUGAAACAUGAAACAGCUGCUCUUUUAGAAUCUCGAGCAGAUCAGUCGUCUGAGCAGUGGUUUGGUCGUAGGGACAGGGACCAGAAUGAAGAUCUAUUAGAUGCUAUGCGAUAUUUCAUUGAAGCUGCCGAAGUUCACUCUUCCAUUGACGCUGGCAACAAAACACGUAGAGCUUGUGCUCAGGCUUCCCUUCUUUCGCUUCAAAUUCGAAUGCCUGAUAUUCAAUGGCUGUACCUAUCUGAAACAAACGCUAGAAGAGCCCUUGUUGAGCAGUCCCGUUUUCAAGAGGCCCUAAUAGUUGCCGAAGCCUAUGGUCUUAACCAGCCAAGCGAGUGGGCUUUGGUUCUUUGGAAUCAGAUGCUCAAACCAGAACUACUUGAAGAGUUUGUGGCUGAAUUUGUGGCCGUGCUACCGCUCCAGUCUUCAAUGCUUAUUGAUCUAGCGAGGUUUUAUAGAGCUGAGGUAGCAGCCAGAGGGGACCAGUCCCAAUUUUCAGUUUGGCUCACUGGGGGAGGGUUGCCAGCAGAAUGGGCUAAAUACUUGGGGAGAUCAUUUAGAUGCUUAUUAAGGAGGACUCGAGAUUUGAGGUUGCAACUGCAACUCGCUACAUUGGCAACUGGGUUUAAUGAUGUGAUUAAUACAUGUAACAAGGUGUUGGAUAAGGUCCCUGAAAAUGCUGGUCCUCUUGUGCUGAGAAAAGGGCAUGGUGGGGCUUACCUGCCGCUAAUGUGAAUAUGCUUUGAGACAACAUUUGACAGUCAGACGGCAAUAGCGACUAUGUAAAGUGAGACUGACACUGGAAAAGUUAUAUUUAUUAGUGUCAGAAAAUCAAUUUAUCGCUCCAGGAAGUUGAGGAUUUAUUUUGCCUGCCUGCGUAAUUAUCAGUCAGACAGACGACAUGGUUUUCCAUGACGGUGAAGAGAGUUUCUGCCUCGGACUGCGGGAGCAUCAUGUUGUUGUCAUUGUCGUUUGAGUUGUGGAGUUUUGCAUGGCUAGGGAGAAGAAGAAGAGGAAGGAAGAAGAUGAAGAAGAGUAAGGAAGAAGAAGAGUGAGAACGAACAGAAGUGCAUUGUGUUUUGUUUUGUUUGUCCUUGUGUUAAGGUGUGUGGGAGGAGAAUGUGGUCGUUUGGUCAGUGUGAAUUUUUAGUAGCAAGUGUUUUUUGGAUCCAUGUAUUGUCUUGUGAGCUUCUCUCUCUAUAUCACUGUGUAUGUUCUUUGUGCAUGCAUGUGUGUGAGAGAGAGAGAGAGAGAGAGAGAUUCGUGGAUGUGAUUGAAGUGAUUGUGGGGGGUUAGAGAUUAAUAACCUGUAUUCUGUCAUGGCAACUAAGAGAGGUUUUUGGUAAUUUUUUAAGCCAAGGUAGGGUCAAAAGAUAUUGAUAUUUAUUUGAUAGCAUCUGUCACAGUCACAAAUAUGUGUAGAGAGAGAAUCGGAAGGAUUUUUUUUUUUUGGAUAAUCGGAAAAAGGAGUUGUUGGUAGGACUGACAAUUCAGGUAAUGAUAUGACGUCAUGGCUCGAAAUCCGUACGAAAUUAACGGAUUUGGGUUUAUUAUAAAUAGCUUUGGGUUAAAA